ACAAGUUCGUGCAUCAAAUAAAUCGAUUUUGAACUGAUGGAGAAAUUCUUGUUGCUUUCUUGGAAAAAUUGGUUAUUACAAUGGAGACAUCCCUUUCAAAAUAUAGCAAACAUCCUUUUACCCGUGAUAUUUUGCAUUAUUGUUAUUGUAGUAAGAAGUAUGAGUGAUCCAAUACAAUAUAAUUCCAUCGUUUUUCCAUCGUAUAGUAUCCCUGGAAAACCGGAGGCUUUUAAUCCCACUUAUAAAUUGUCCGAGUUGAUUUGGUCACCAUGUAAUAAUACAAAAUUUCAAACGGUAAUGAAUCAUAUUGCAAAUAGAAACAAAAUGUCCCUACAGUGUGCUCAAAACUCCUUCGAACUAAAUAACAUGCUCAAAAGUAACAUUCAUUUCACUUUAGCUGGAGUAGAUUUUGGUGAUCGUGCAAUACGUGAAAAAAAUAUAAGUAAACAAAUUGAAGUGGUUUUAAGAUUUCCGGCAGAAUUGCGUGUUUCUAAAAAUGCGAUGGGUGGAACAAUAAGGAUCUGGAAUAGUGAUCUUUUAUACCCCGAAACUCCCGAUCCAGGUCCAAGAAAUCACACGGAUCCUACAGGACCAGAUCCAAAUUAUUAUGAUGAAGGAUUUUUAACGCUUCAAUAUGAAAUAUCAAAAGAAAUCUUAACACAUCACCUAACAAAGCACAACAUUAUUGACAACGAACCUUAUCCUACAAUAAGUAUGCGUAGAUUUCCAUAUCCUUCUUGGAUCAAUGAUGAUGGAUUAUUACAAACAAGCGAAGCGAUUAUUAUUGCUGUGUGUUUCAUGUUUCUCUCACUUAUUGUGGGAACUAUUAAAGAUAUAGUUGACGAAAGAGAAAGACGUUUAAAAGAAAUGAUGAUGAUAAUGGGAUCACCAAAUUGUUUGCAUUGGACGGCAUGGUUUUUUAAAACAUUUACAAUUCUUUUAAUAAUGAUUGGUUUGGUUACAUUUUUCUUUGUAGUCCCAGGCACGAAAGUGUUAAGAUACACCAGUGCUUUCUUAUUUUGUAUUUUUUUAAUAUUGUACGCAUGUUGUAUCGUAACAUUCUGUUUUUUAGUAAGCGUAUUUUUUGCGAACGUAAAAGUUGCUUUAUUUGCCGCCGUUGUUUAUUGGUGUGUUACAUUCGUUCCAUUUGUUAUUCUGGAAUUUAAACAUUCGGAUGUCAUUACGAAAACAUUUUCAAUGCUUGGUUUGAAUACAGCUGUUUGUUUUGGUUUUAAAGUCAUUUCGAAAUUCGAAUCGGUCCGAGAAGGAUUACAAUUCCAUAACAUUUUUGUAAGUCCAUUCCAUGAUAAUCUUACAAUGGGACUUGUUUUUAUUAUGUUAAUUGUCGAUACAAUACUCUAUUUGCUUUUGGCCUUAUACUUCGAAGGAUUAUUACCUAGAGCUUAUGAAAUUACUAAACCUUGGUGUUAUCCGUGUAAAAGUCGAAAAUAUUUAAAGUCUGAUUAUGAUAGAAGAAUUCCAGAGUCAGAUACUUACCAACGAGGCCCAGUUCUCACGAAAGCAGUGAUAAAAGUUAGAAAUCUCACUAAAGUUUAUCACAAUCAAAUAUUAGGAGUUCAUAAUCUUUCGAUGGAUAUUUUUGAGGGUCAUAUAACAGUUUUUCUUGGGCAAAGUGGAUGUGGAAAAACCACAGUUCUAUUGAUGAUAACCGGAACGAUUCCACCCAAUGAUGGAAGUAUUUUUAUUAAUGAUUUUAAUUUAGCUACACAUAAAAAUCAAAUUAGAAGUUCUAUGACUUAUUGUCCGCAAUACACCGCUCUAUUUCAAGACUUAACAGUCCGAGAGCAUUUAUAUUUUUUUUGUAAAUUAAAAGGAACACAAGAUAAUGAGGAGAGAAACGACGAAAUUAUUCUAUAUUUAGAAUUAUUAGAUCUCACAGAAUAUGAAAACAAACGUGUUGCUUAUCUAACUAAUAAUAUAAAAAGAAAAUUAUGCGUUGCGAUAGCAUUAUGUGGAAAGGCAAAAAUAUGUAUAUUAGAUGAACCAACUUCCGGUAUGGAUUCGAUAACAAAAAGAAGAAUGUGGAACUUUAUACGAUCUUUAAAAUUGAAUAAAACAAUUUUAUUAAGUACAAAAUCAAUGGACGAAGCUGAUUAUUUAGGCGACAGAAUCGCAGUUUUAUCCAACGGAAAAUUACAAUGUUGCGGCAGAAAUACAUUUUUGAAACAAAAAUUAGGUGCUGGCUAUCAUUUAAUAAUUAAAAAAAUACCAACUUGUUUUGAUAUCAACAAAUUGACGGAUUUCCUUAAAAUACGCGUUCCAUCAGUUAAACUUAUUAGGAAUCAAAAUUUGGAUACAGUUUUUCUUCUCGAUAAACACGAUUCGGUAAUUUUUGCAAAUCUUCUUGCUGAUCUUGAGAUUCAUAGCGCAGAGCUUCGUAUAUACAGUUACGAAAUUGCUAUGAAUACUAUCGAUGAAGUUUUAAUGCGGUCAAAUACUAAUGACGUAGAGAUAGAUGUUGGCGAUUUAAAAUCAGAUAAACCAUGUAGGUAA